UUUGCACAGUCAAUAUACUCAUAAACGGCAUUGCGGACAAGACAAUGGUGUCCUAUCUUCAGAGUGUGAACUUCACGUGUAAUACCGGUUAUAGUAUGAAUGGAUCUGCAACAGCAAUGUGCAGUGCUGAUGGAACUCUACAAAUGCCUACUUGCAACAGUAAUAGUUCGGGAGAAGCUGGCUCUGAUCCCAAGAGUUCCACUUCAGUUUUGGUGUCCGUUGCUAUACUGGGCGGUGGAGGGGCAAUUGUCGCCGCUGCUGUUAUCGUAUAUCAACGGCAGCAAAAUGCUAAGUUGCGCACUUCAUCAUAUGACAUUGGGCUGGGCAAAGAGCAGCCUGAAGGACAACAAGAAAGUCGUGUUGCUAUGCCCCUCAAGGGUACCUACAAUCCUGGUCAAUCUGGAAGUGAACUAACUGGUCAUGUUCCUGAACAGCAAGGUGGAACGUAUAUGAACCGAGAGCCGGCGAAGAAGGGACAACUAAGCCCUCAGGACCCUCGAAGCCGUACAUAUCAGAAUCUUGCGAACCAAUACUCUGAAACAUCAUUUUACAGUACAGAUACUAUGUUGCCUGCUAAUGAUGGAAAUGAUGUCUGUGAGGAAUCAGGGGUUCAGGGUCUAGGCACUGACAUUUAUGAGGUUGCCGACCAAAACAAAACAACACAAGGUUCCCAACAGAAACUAAUUGACACUGGCUUGGCAACACUGGAAGAUCUCUACACAACCUACGGCAACGGAGAUUCUUGCCCUGGAUCGCGCAAGAACAGCAUGUGUAUGUAUGGCAAUGCAGAUUCUCCAAGGGCAUCAUGCAGUGACAAUGGCCAAGCCUUGAGUUACAAAAUGGCACUGAAAUCGUCCGGAAACUUGUCAUCCCUGAAACCUGACACUGGCUUGGCAACACUGGAAGAUCUCUACACAACCUACGGCAACGGAGAUCAGGACCCUCGAAGCCGUACAUAUCAUAAUCUUGCGAACAAAAACUCUGAAACAUCAUCUUACAGUACCGAUACUAUGUUGCCUGCUAAUGAUGGAAAUGAUGUCUAUGCGGAAUCAGGGGUGCAGGGUCUAAGCACUGACAUUUAUGAGGUUGCCGACCAAAACAAAACAACACAAAGUACCCAGCAGAAACUAGUUGACACUGGCUUGGCAACACUGGAAGAUCUCUACACAACCUACGGCAACGGAGAUUCUUGCCCUGGAUUGCGCAAGAACAGCAUGUGUAUGCAUGGCAAUGCAGAUUCUCCAAGGGCAUCAUGCAGUGACAAUGGCCAAGCCUUCAGUAACAAAACGGCACUGAAAUCGUCCGGGAACUUGUCCCCCCUGAAACCUGACCCUUCGCUUUCAGGCAACAGUAUUCUUGCAUACGACAAUCGGAACAAUGAACAAGCAGCGGUGCAGGGUCUAUGCACUGACAUUUAUGAGGUUGCCGACCAAAACAAAACAACACAAGGUUCCCAGCAGAAACUAGUUGACACUGGCUUGGCAACACUGGAAGAUCUCUACACAACCUACGGCAACGGCGAUUCGUGCCCUGGAUCGCGCAAGAACAGCAUGUGUAUGUAUGGCAAUGCAGAUUCUCCAAGGGCAUCAGGCAGUGACAAUGGCCAAGCCUUCACUUACAACAUGGCACUGAAAUCGUCCGGGAACUUGUCACCCCUGAAACCAGACCAUUCGAUUACAGGCAACAGUAUUCUUGCAUACGACAAUCUGAACAAGGAACUAAAAUUGAACUCUGAUGUUCUGACAACAGUGUUUGGACAGAGUUCCACUGAUCCUGAAGACACUGAGUAUAUAUAUGGAAAUGCAGAGUCGCGCGAGGCCUCACGGAACAACAGUUUGGUUGGCAACGACAACAGGGAAUCAGGCCAGGCCAAUGGAAACUCACUCCAGACCUCAUUCACGAACAGUAUAGACUUCUAUGCCGUUGGCAUUUCCUCAGGGACUUUCUCUGAGGACUAUUGGGCACGUUUUCAGAUGGGAGAAAGUAGUGCUGGAAAUGGCCUAGAUAUUCACCACCUAUCAACCGAUGAAAUUCCCAAUGUUAGCGGUAACGCUAGUACCUCAGCAGGAUUGUCCGAAGAAGCGGCUACCAAAGACAUGACCUUUGGAAAUGGACCAUCACGAAAUGGUUCUCGUCAUGCCAGUGCUGAACAGUCCUGGACCGAGGUAUCAAACAGGGAUUCAUCUCAGGCUUUAAGCAGCACUUCACAGCAAGAUGGUAGCAAGGCGGAGGAAACUCUGACCAUGGGACCUUAUCAGACUCCAUAUGUUUCGGCAACAGCAACUAGAAAGAGUUCAAUUUUAGGUGAUGCAACUGCAAACCUACCUGAUCAAUAUCCCACAUCUGACAAGUCUCUGCAGCCAUCUAAUGCAUGCCCAGCUCUCAGUGAUGGCCAGGGUCAGGCGUCCACAGGAAACGUACCUGUUCAAUGUCAACGCAUCUCAUCUCAUGCAGGCGGGAAAAGUUUGACUUCGGCAGUUUCCCAAGGCGGAACACCACCUCCAGGAAGCCCUGUGUCGAGAACUUCGUCUAGUGCUGCAGGCUUCAGUUCAGCUGUUGGCUUUCAACGUGGCAAAAUGCCACUAGCCUCAAUAUCUAACGAAGUGAAGCAGCUACAGCCAUUGCCAGUUGGAAUCAUCCCGACAUCGACUACAUCAGUAGAUGAUGUAUAUGCGCACUUACCAGAGCCAAAUGAGGCUCAAGAGGAAUUCAUCGAGCCUUACUUCAGUUCUGAGGAUGAGGAGCAGGAGGAUGAGAAUGAUGGAGUGUAUGGUACCAUCAAUUAGUAACAGACCAUGUAUCACAGACCUAUGAGGGUUGGGACAGAUAGUUCUUCCAUUUCUUGUCAAGCGCACUUCCUCUAUGCGAUUUCACUGUUAGUUAAGACUUUACUGAGGGGAAACAUAACAUGGUAACUUUCCCCACUUGUCUCUCUUUUGAAUCCCCCGAUACACACACUCACACACACACACACGCACAAACACACACACACACACACACAAACACACAAACACACAAACACACAAACACACACACACACACGCCACUCUUGACAUUUUCCCUCGACACUAUUGCCGAAGCUGACCAUCAAGAUAUUCUUUCAGGUGCGCAAUGAAUAUCAAUAGUCAAUAAUAGGUCUGCACCUCUCAUCUCCUCUCCCCAUUUUCACAUUUGUUUUCAUAAUGUUUUCCCAUUACUCGUUGGAAACAUUAUGUCCUCAUUUUUUGCUACUUCAUUCUUCAAAGUACAUCCCUCCUUUCCUCUUUCCUAAUUUUUCAAGUGGAUGUUCAAUUUAUCCAGAUUUCAACUCUCUCCCCCAUGUUUCAUUCUCCUAUUUAUCCCCUUCUUUUACCCCCUCAUUCAUUGCCAUUCCGGAUCACUACACUGCGAUAUUGUGUGCGCUGCGGUAUUGUUCGAAGAAUUAAAUUAAAAAAAAUCAAUGUACAUGCAGAGGUUGCCAAUAGUACCCCCUCUUUUCUUCUCCUCUCUCAACCACUCGUUUAUGCCCGUCUUUCAUCUCCUCCCUUAAUAGUAAUGAUAAUAAUUUUAUUACGAUGACCCAAAGGCAAAUCGCCUAUCGGGGGUUCACCGCA